CCACCUCACUUUUAUGUCAUGUCACUUUCCUCCUUACCCUCCUACCAGAAUGUUCUCCCCCCCCCCACACACACCUCCACAGGGAAGUUCACAGCCAUGUCAUCUCCUCGUGGUCCCCUCUCCACGUUCCCAACCAAACCCCUAACCCCAUUGUAUAUAGAGGCCCUUUGAGCUUUCUUCUUUUUUUUAACGACGGCAUUAGCGCCGGCCUAGCCCGCCGUAUGGGGAUGAUGGGAGUUGGAGUCCGAAGUCGUUGUUGGGGGGUGGGGAGCCCCCGCGGCUGUUUUCCCUCAGAGGAGGCGCGCGCGCGGCGGGGGAAAAGGGGGGGGGUGGGGAGCCGUGGAGCCUCUCGGCGCCCCGCGCAUGCGCUGUGGAGUGUCGGUGGUGGUUCUGAAGGGAGGCAACGGGCAGCUCUCCCCCAAUAAAAGCCCCGGCGGCGGGUGGGAGCCCUCCUUCCCUCCCUCGCCUCAGCCCCGGCGCCGCAGCAGGGAGAAAGCAGCAGGGGCGCAGUGCGCCUGCGCAGCAGCGAGCACAGGCCGCACGCGCCACAGCUUCUCCCUCACUCACACACACUCACACACUCACACAGGGCGCUGAGGCAGCCGCUGCGGCUUCUUCUUCCUCUCCCCUCCCUCGCCUCCCGCCUUCCUUCCUUCCUUCCCCGCCGGCGCUGGAACCUGAAGCUCGGGCCGCCGCGGCUGAGUGUAAAGGUUCCUUAAUGAUGACGACACAAGAUAUGAGCAUGCAUAUGGAGGAGGUUGUCGUGGUAACCACUCCGGAUAAUGUGGUGGAUGGCAGCGGUGUGGAGGAAGUGAAGACCGUCCUAGUUACCACCAACCUGUCCCAGCAUGGCAGUGACCUCAACGAAGACACCCUGGAGACGGAAAAUGCGGCUGCCGCUGCGGCCGCAGCUUUCACCGCCUCUGCCCAUCUGAAGGAAGCCCUUUUAGUGAAGAUGGCGGAAGGAGAGGAGUGCCUGGAAGCUGAGGUGGCUUAUCCCAUCACCUGUGGCGACAGCAAAGCGAAUCUCAUAUGGCGGAAGUUUGUUUGCCCGGGCAUCAAUGUGAAGUGUGUGCAGUAUGACAAUCAUUUGAUAAGUCCUAAGGAGUUUGUGCAUUUGGCUGGCAAGUCCACCCUCAAGGACUGGAAGAGGGCAAUCCGGAUGAAUGGGAUCAUGCUAAGGAAAAUCAUGGAUUCAGGGAAGCUGGAUUUCUACGAGCACACAAAAGUUUGCUCGAAUACCUGCCGCAGCACUAAAAUCGAUCUGACCGGGGCCAGAGUCUCUCUCAGCAGUCAGACUUCAUCAGAAUACACGCCUCUUACUCCAGCCUCUGCAGACGUCAAUGGAUCUCCCGCCACCAUCACCAUAGAAACCUGCGAGGAUACCACCGAGUGGACCACGGCUAUUGGAGAUGACGCAUUCACCUUCUGGCGAGGCCUGAGAGACGCCGGGCUGCUGGAGGAAGUGGUGCAGGAAUUCAGUGUGGAAUUCAUGGAAGCCAUGAAGGGCCUGCAGCAAAGAAUCCAGGAACUCCCUUUGCAGCUGAACGAUGCCAUCCUGCUGAACAACACCGUCCAGAAUUUUGGCAUGCUGGACCUGGUGAAGAAAGUUUUGGCCAGCCACAAAUGCCAAAUGGACCGUUCCAGAAAGCAAUACACACGAGACUUAGCAGCUCUGGAGCAGCAGUGUGACGAGCACCGCAAGAGAGCCAAGGAGCUGAAGCACAAAUCCCAGCAUCUCAACAACGUGCUCAUGAAUUUGACGCCUGUCUCCAUCCCCUCCCCUCUGAAACGGCCCAGGCUGACCCGGGCCACUUCAGGACCCCCAGCCAUCACCUCCCAAGUCCUGACUCAGUCGGCUCAGAUUGCCCUGGCUCCAGGCGUGCCCAUCACCCAGCUGGCCGGUCUGCCCAUCGGCAAAGUGCUCUCUGCCCUCCCGGCAUCUGCACUCGGAAAGGCCACCGCCCAGGUGACGUCGGCUGGCUCUCCCGCCUCCCCGCUGCUGGGCGGAUACACCAUCUUGACGUCGGCGGGUUCUGCCUUCCCCAACGCAGUGGAAAUCCACCCCGAAGCCUCCAACCUCACCGUCUUGAGCACCGCGGCCAUCCAGGACAGCAGUACGGUGGUCAAGGUGAUGAGCCCUUUCCAGCUGCUCACCCUGCCAGGGCUCGGCACGGCCAUCCAGAACGUGACACAGCUGUCUCCCGGGGGCAGCACCAUCCUGGCUUUGCCGUCCAGUGUGAUGGAAGGCGCUUCGGCCACGGAAGAGCACACGACCAUUGAGGUAACCACCGUAGCGGAUGAGACUCAGCAGAAAUGAAAUGUGGACGUUGGUCCUUUGGGGGGGGGAGCGCUCCAGGCUUACAUGACCAUCCCUCGGAUGAGAAGAUGGAGAUGACAAAGAAGAAGAAGGAGAAGAAGAGAGUGCUGGGAAAAGAGAGAGGAAAACCGAUCGGCUGAUGGCGGAAUAGGGAGGUUGAAAUUUUAAAAAAGAGAAGAAAGACGAAGAGGGAAGAUGAAAUGAAGGGAGAAUAUCAUUGAUGGGGCAGAAAAAAGACCCCCUGUUGCUGGGAUCCAUUAAAAGCUAUAAUCUUUGCACCCCCCAGCUUGUAAGUACCCCCCCCCCACACACACAUCUCUAGCCAGCUCUGGGGAACCGAGGCAGCCAAGGCUGGGUUUCGAAGAAUAAAACAAUUAACCCAACCUCUGCAGGCCAAAGAAUUAGGCAAUGAGACAGGAUUAUUUAAAGCAUUUCCGGCCUGGCAGAAGUGGGGGUCCCAACAUAUGCAAUUGCCUGAAUUUUGGGCUAGGGAGCUGAUGGACUGUUUCUCUGCCAGGACGGAGGAAGAGGAGCGAGUGGGAGGAAAUCUGGCAUUUGGACGUGGGUGAAAUGGAGAAUGGGCCAAAGGCGCAUGGGAAGGGGAAUAGCGGCUUAAAAAUGGGGACGUAGGAGGCUUGGAAGGGAGACAGGAGGACUUCCGUGGUGGGCAGAUCCAUUCCCAAUUUAAGAGCAUCAAUUCGCCGAGCUCCCUGCUUGCAUCUCAGCCUGAGGAGGAAGGUCUGGCCAAAUCUGCUGAAGGUGGACCCCCUUUGUUGGAUUUUUCUCCCCCCCCUCCCCAAGCGGUUAUGUCCUCCACGGCUACCGAGCCUUAUCCUCCCCAACCCCUGGUGCAUCUGCACUUUAGGCUGCAAAACAAUGUUUUUGCCAAAAACAAGGGUGAAAAAUAGGAGCUCCCGAUUGUUCCAGUUGACUUGAGGGACUUGAUACUUGAUGUGAGAAGAAGAAUCCUCUGUCGGAAGCUACAAGGGCUCGGCUUCUCGCAGGGUGAGUUUGGGCCUAUCAGUAACGACGGGUUCAAGACUCUUGGGUAACAUUAAAAUUUUGUUUUUUCAAG